CUAAGGAAGUGAGAUCGACUCUCUGGCUUAAUGCUGCCUAUGCGUUACACGUAAAAGGUUACAAAUGCUUGCCUUAUCAAUGUGAGCUGAAGUGGAAGAAUUUAAAGGCUUCUAAUGAUCCUAGGUUUUUGUCUAAAGUUGAAGCAAUCACUGGCGUAGAUAGGUCUAGGCAUGUAUCAGCAAUGCUUGGCAGAAAUAGGUAUAG